GAGAAAAUGAGCGCGGCUGAUAGGAAAGCUGAAAUAGAGAGGAAGAAGGCCACUCUCAUUGCCAUAAGAGAGAACCGAAAAAAGAGAGAAGAAAGCAGACGAAGUGGCUUAGAAGAUGGGAGCGCUGCUGAAUUGGGCAAGGUGGCUAGCAAUGGCGAUUUGGGGCAAACGACCGAAGAGAUCUUGAAAACACUUGGGAUACCCGUUGGAGAAGAGCCGGUGGGUACGCAAAACGCCACCGAUGCGCAGGACUCAGCACUUGCUGCAGCAAAAACACCUACGACUACGAGAAAGCGGAAGCACCUCCAAUUUUCUCGGAUCAUUGAGUCAUCUGUUCCACCCCCUCAGUCAAUACAAUACAGCAAGGAAGUACAAACCAUUGCACAGCUGUCUGAACGAGAAAUACUUACAUAUGAAGAAACGAGCAGAGAAGAGGAGGAUGUGGACGCGAGUGCGGCCCUUGCGGAAUUACAGAAGAUGCCACAUGUGGGUCUCUCUCAAACUUCACAAAAAGGUCGUACUCGGUUGGAGAAUGGGGUUGCGCAAGAAGAGGUUAAAAAGCCUGUGAACCUUUCUGAAGAGGACAAAACACGGAUUCUAUCGUCGGAUGAUUUUAUACAAUUCUUCAACCGUUCUGCUCAGAUUAUCGAACGUGCAAUUUGUGAACCUGAAGAUGCUCUAUUUUUGGACUACACUGGCGGCGAAAGAGAAGCCGAGACGUCCCGUGAAUUGGUCACAGUGUGCCAUGAGUUUUUCGAUGAACGCUGGUCCAAACGUCGUGUGGUAACCAGUUUGGAAUGGUCCACGAUCUACCCGGAGCUACUACUGGCCGCUUACCAUAUCAAUGAGGAAGCCGCACACGAACCGGAAGGAGUUUGUCUGAUUUGGAACAUGAAAUUCCCAAAGAAAACCAGCCCGGAGUUUAUUUUUCACUGCCAGUCUCCGAUUACCUCAGCCACGUUGUCCAAAUUCCACCCGAACCUAGUAAUUGGGGGCACGUAUUCCGGUCAGAUCGUAUUGUGGGAUAGUAGAGUCAACAAGCGAACACCAGUUCAACGGAGCCCUCUCACUUCGAUGGCUCAUACACACCCAGUGUUUGCUGUGACCGUGGUCGGCACGCAGAAUGCACACAAUAUCAUCAGCCUCGGUUCAGAUGGAUCGCUGUGUGCAUGGAAUAUUGAAAUGUUGGCUCAACCGCGUGAAAAGAGCAGAGUAUGUGAGGUACCCUCAGCGACAGGUGGUGGACAUUUCGAACUUUAUCCCACCUGCAUGUCUUUCUUCGCCAAUGAUGUGAACAAUUAUGCCGUUGGCGCCGAGAAUGGAAAUGCCUAUUGUGGACAACGACACAGCAGUCGCACAGCAACCACGGACGAUGCAUCUCGUAACGUUCCAUACAAAGGUCAUUGCGCUCCCAUCACAGCCAUAUCGACUCAUCCGUGUCCCGGUGCCAUGAACUUCUCUUCUCUGUUCCUUACCUCCUCUCUCGAUUGGACUGUCCGCCUUUGGUCCACUUCCGAAUACACUCCACUACAUACAUUUGAGGAUUAUUUCGACUAUGUGUACGAUGUUAGUUGGAGUCCUGUUCACCCUGCGGUGUUUGCGGCGGUAGACGGUACCGGUCGUCUGGACGUGUGGAAUAUCAAUCAGGAUGUUGAGGUUCCUUGUGCACGUCAUUCCAUUCGGGGUCACACAGGUCAAGACCGGACUGGAGGCAACAUCGCGUUGAACAAGUGUCGUUGGGAUAGUUCAGGUAGCUAUUUAGCCGCUGGAGAUAAUCAGGGCCGUGUAACCAUCUGCUCCGUUCAUGAAUCCUUAUCCCAACCUGGGCCCGAACAGUGGUCAGAAUUGGCUCGCAGUCUGACAGACCUGAAGCAUUAUAAAAUGGAGCAGGAAGUAGGACGUGCUGAAAUGUGAUUUGUCCAUUUCAGCCCACCUUUUGUGUCAACUAUUGUGAUUCCGUUGGGUGGAAUGGGACUACCUUCGUCCUUUG